UAAAAUAAAAUCGGUGGUACUUCGGAAAAUAUAACGCUUUUAACUUUAUAUAAUGGAAUCGGCAACGCUCGAUACUAGAAUAAAUUUGAGCCAAAAUAUGGACUCGAGUACUAGGCAAAAGCGUCUGGCACGUUGGUACUUUGGAGGCAUAGCUUCCGCUGGCGCCGCUUGCUGCACUCACCCGCUUGACUUAAUUAAAGUGACGUUACAAACACAACAAGGCAAACUAUCUGUGCUGCAGCUGACGGGGAAAAUACUGCGAGAGCAGGGCGUGUUGGCGCUGUACAAUGGUCUCUCCGCGUCUGUGCUGCGGCAGAUGACGUAUUCUAUGACGCGCUUUGGCAUUUACGAAGUCGGCAAACCUGUGAUUAACACAGACACUUUUCUCGGCAAAAUUGCACUGGCAGGCUUGGCUGGUACUGCUGGUGGCAUUGUAGGUACUCCCGCUGAUAUGGUGAAUGUGCGCAUGCAAAAUGACGUCAAGCUGCCUCCUGAUCAACGAAGAAAUUACAAAAACGCCAUUGAUGGGUUAGUAAAGGUCUACAGAUACGAGGGUUUCAGUCGCUUAUUCUCUGGCGCCACGACGGCCACUGGCAGAGGUGUCCUAAUGACAAUUGGGCAAAUUGCCUUUUAUGAUCAGAUAAAGACGACGUUACUCACAACUGAAUACUUCAAAGACGAUUUGCGCACUCACUUCACUGCCUCACUCGCUGCUGGCGCCAUUGCCACCACACUCACACAGCCGCUGGAUGUGCUCAAGACUCGUGCAAUGAACGCCAAGCCUGGCGAAUUCAAAGGCCUGUGGGAUAUCGUCAAGUUCACUGCCAAACUCGGUCCACUUGGCUUCUUCAAAGGCUAUAUUCCGGCCUUCGUGCGUCUCGGCCCACACACCAUUCUGACUUUCGUUUUCUUAGAGCAGUUGCGCUUGAACUUCGGUUACAUGAAACAGUAGGCUAAACUCAAGCCAUUGAGAUUCAAAUUACAAAUUUGAAAGGAAAACGCAGACCGCGGUGCAGUUGGAGGAGCUUAAACUCCUCGGCGCACUGCAAACUUAAACUCUUAAUUUUAUUGGUUAAGCUUAGCACAAUAAUUCUUUCUGUCUUUACUGCAUUUUUCGCAAUUGUUAAGUUUAAAGUUAACGUUUUAUAGAAAUUUUACAAAUACAAAUUAGUUGAAACAAAGGAAACUAUAAUAUUAAACAAAUAUUAAAUUAAUUGAAUAAAUUAAACUACGGAACUAACAUUCCUGCUAAAUGAGUACUAAACCUAGUGAAUAAGCGUAAACUAGCAAAUUUUCGUUGCAAA